AUGUCGGAAACGACAGCAGCAGCAACAUAUCUCUCCAAUUCUUGGAAAGAGAACCUUUUUCUAGGCAAAGUGGUGUUUUGUACCGGAGGCACUGGGACCAUCUGCUCUGGACAAGUCAAGGCUCUUGUCUAUCUGGGUGCAAACGCGUGCAUCGUGGGUCGCAACGCCACAAAGGCAGAACGAGUCGCAAAGGAAAUAGCAUCGAUUCGAACUGGUAGCAAAGUCCUUGGGAUCGGGAACGUGGAUGUCAGAGACGUGGAAAACCUUCAAAAAGCAAUUGACAGAUGUGUGACUGAACUGGGAGGGAUCGACUUUGUAAUAGCUGGAGCAGCUGGCAAUUUCCUUGCCCCCAUGUCACAGUUAUCGACAAACGCAUUCAAGACGGUCAUCGACAUAGAUUUACUUGGGUCUUAUAACGUCACAAAACUUACCAUGCCAAAACUUGUCGAAUCUGCUCAAAGACACAAUUCAUAUUCUAGUAUUCCAAGGCGACAGUCGGUGGCCGACGACGACGACAGCAGCGAUGGACCCGAAGGUGGCGGUUAUGCUGGUGGCCCUGGAGGAAGAAUCAUUUACGUGUCUGCCACUAUGCACUACACAGGUCGUCAAUUACAAACUCACGCAGUUGUGGCAAAAGCAGGAGUGGACGCUCUAUCCAGCAACGUGGCGAUUGAGUAUGGACCUUUUGGUGUAACCUCGAACGUGAUAGCGCCUGGUCCUAUAGCCGGUACUGAAGGUAUGAAUCGUUUAUCCAAGAGUCACAAAAAGGAAGCUGAGGAGGGAGGAGACCCAAACAAUGGGGAAACGAAAUCCAGAAAAAAAGGAACCCCCCUUGGCCGGUGGGGCUUUGUUAAAGAAAUAGCAGAUGCAACGGUUUAUUUAUUCUCUGAUGCAGCCAAUUUUGUUACCGGUACAGUAUUGGUGGUUGAUGGAGGUACGUGGCACCUAAAAGAUGGGUCAGUAGGUGCUGGGGAAUUCGAAUAUCCGGAAUUCCUUCUAAGUGGCCGUAAAGUGACCGGAGUUGUUGGUGGAUCCACGAGAACAAAAGAUGAAGCAGCAAAGCUUUGA